AUGUCUGAUCGCUCGGACUCUCCCCCUCCCUUGGAACCUGCCGACGCUGACUACUCAUAUGAACCCGAUCAGUUCGGGGACAUCUUCACGUACCGGGAUAGACCGCUCUCUAUAACCAUAUGCAUCGGCAUCGGCGAGCAACCGCUCCCUCUCGUCUCGGUCCGAGUUUUCCAUGACAGGGAAUACCUCGACAGCGAGCAGGCUCUACACGCGUCUUGGAUGGCGUACACGCGCGAGUUGGAGGCUCGACUCGCGCAGCGCUUGACUCUUGUCAUCCGCGAAGUCCUCCUUCACAACCUGAUGGUCGAUAUGGGCUUGCGUAUCCACAGGCUGCAAAACGAGAUCGCGCACGAAAUCAGCUUCGCGGGGAGGGCGUACCUCGACAACGAGGUCGUGAGCUUGGAUGAGAAACACAAGAACGCUUUCGCUGCUCUGCGUGGCCGGUACAAGCUACGGCCCAGUCUGACCAUCACGCCGCGCUCACGCGUGCAGCGCUCUCCCGCACGAUCUCAGGGUCUCGACGGACUCCCAGCCAUCUCUCCCAACAGCGCCAACCACAGCAAUGCCAUGCGCGUUUCCAGUCUUUGUCGCUGA